AUGAUCGCCCCACGCAAGACGUUGCACUCGACGCCCCGCGCCGUCCUUGCCGAAGCGUUCGCCUUGGCCAAGGUCGGCCCCACCGACGUCAUCUGUGACGUAGGCUGCGGCGACGGCCGCGUCCUCCUCUACGCAGCCACCGAGCUCCGUGUGGCCAAGAGCAUUGGCAUCGAGAUCGACGGCGCCCGCGUCGAGGCCAUUCGCGCCAGCGCCGCUUCCAUGGGCAUCAGCGACAAGGUCCACGUACACUGCGGCAAUGCACUCGAGAUUCCCAUUGACGACGAUGUGACAGUUCUCUUCCUCUUCCUCAUCGAGCGAGGCCUCAAGCAAGUGUUCCGACAACUUGAAGCGUGCACGAGCCGUCUCCGCGCCAAGCCGCUUCGCAUCCUCACGUACCUCUAUUGCAUUGACGCCAUGGACCCGUUCUUGGUCGAGACGCGUAUGUGUGCUGCUACGGCCGACGGCGCGACCAAGGCAGACGCCAAGUUUCCCAUCUACCUUUAUGUGCUGCCGCCCAAACCCGACAUUGAAACACAGUUGCCAUAGGACGUCUUGCAGCAAUGGACUCACGCCAUGACACGCAUGUAUUCGUAGCUUGAUCUUAUCAACGUCAGCUU